UCCUCGAGCGCGACGCGUCUCUUUCCAACGCGCAGGAAUACGCGCGCGCAUCACUCUGAUCGCUUCAGCUCUGCGCGGAUGCGUCUUUAAACACAGAUUCACCAAGAGCCGGUGGACUCCUGAAGGGCCAUUUGGAUGCUGGACCCCGGAGCCGCGUCCCUCCCAACAGGCUGAGCACGAUGCCCGGCCAACACUGGAUAUAAAUGACAGAUCCAAGUGUGUGUGUCAACCAGAGGCUGCAUGGGAGAUGAACCCAGCCGCCAAACAUCAGCCUGAUCUGCUGGAGAGACCCGCCAGCCUCCUGGUGCCAACAUGGACAAAAACCGGACUUGCCCUGUUGCACGACGACCUCACAAGUAACUCCUAUGACGUUCGUCUAAAGUUAACGAAAGAGCUGCUAAUCAUCCAGAAACAAGAUGUGGUUUGCGUGAGCGGCGGCGACUCCCAUCUAAAUCACAGAACUGUUGUACUUCGAAGACAGCUGACUGGAGGUCUCGGUCUGAGUAUCAAAGGGGGAGCAGAACAUAAAGUGCCUGUGGUCAUCUCAAAGAUUUUCAAAGAUCAAGUAGCCGAUCAGACGGGGAUGCUGUUUAUUGGCGACGCUGUGUUGCAGGUCAAUGGCAUUAAUGUGGAGAAGUGUACACACGAGGAAGUCGUUCAUCUUUUGCGGACGGCAGGGGAUGAAGUCACCAUCACUGUACGCUACCUCAGGGAAGCGCCGGCCUUCUUAAAACUCCCAUUAGGUUCACCCGGACCGUCCAGCGAUCAGAGCAGCAGGGCGUCCUCGCCACUUUUCGACAGUGGUUUGCAUUUAAAUGGGAACUCGAACAACACGGCCCCGUCAUCGCCCUCCUCACCUUCGGCUAAUGAACCAAAGUAUGAGAAGCGCUGGCUAGAUGCCCUCAGCCUCCCUCUGUUCAUGGCUCGGAUCUCUCGACACAAAGCUGGAACCGACAAAUUAAGAUCGAACAGUUUUGAAGUCAUUGCCUUAGAUGGAGUUUGCACGCAUGCUCUUCAGUUUUGCACUGCAGCUGAAAGCACAGACUGGCUUCAAGCAAUAUCAACAAAUAUCAACGAUUUGACCCAGGAGAGCAUAAAAAUGACAAAUAAAUUCUGUUCUCCUGAUGAUCAGGUCGUCCACAUGGGCUGGGUGUGUGAACACCUGCAGGGCGGCGACGUCGAGCUCCUUCACAGCUGCAGGUUCCUGGCUCUGAGAGGAUCUUCUCUCCUCGUCUUCAGGAGUCCUCCUAUCUUGGCAUCAGACUGGGCUCAAGCAGAGGCUAGUUUUCACCUCUGUGAGGUUCUCUUUAAGGUUCAUAAGCUGUGGAUAGCUGAAGACUGCUGGAUCCAGAGCAGGCUGUAUGUGGGGCUCCAGCAGGACGGUGAGCUGCGGGACAGUGAACUCUUCUGCUUCAGUGUGCUGGUGGGUCACGGACAGAGCUUCUGCUUCAGCGUGGAGCUGGGCUCAGAGCUGGUGCUGUGGGAGAAGGCCUUCCAGAGAGCCGUCUUCAUGGAGGUGCAGAGAGUCCGGUCGAAGAGCUACAUGUGCAGCAGUCAAGGGAAGAUCCUGUGCUUCACACUUGACUUUGAGUCGGGUUUCUCCUGCUCCGACAGCUUCUCAAAGAAAACCAUCUGGAAAUACAAAUUCUCCCAGCUGAAGGGUUCAUCGGAUGACGGCAAGACACGGGUGAAGCUCCUGUUCCAGAAUUCAGAGAAUAAACAGAUCGAAAUGAAGGAGCUGGAGUUUGCGAAUCUGACGGCUGUGCUUCAUUGCAUUCACUCGUUCAUCGCUGCUAAAGUGGCCACGGUGGAUCCCGUCUUCGUCAACAGUCAAAGUCUGACGCAGAAGUACAUGUGCAGCAGCUAGAAACAUCACACACUCGCGCCUGGUUCUCUGAUUUUAUGCACAAUAUAUCUACUUCUUCUUAUUUUUGUACGAAUCUUCUAAAUUCAGAGCGACGUUUAAGGAGCACUUAGAUGAUAUUUUGACAUGCCUUGAGUUAUGAUUUCUUUCCUACCUACUAACACGAUCGAUCAUGUGCUUAAACUGAUGAUGUAGCAGAGCAGAUCUGCCCUACAAAGCAAAAAGGCAGUAACUACGCAGAGUGCAGAACUGAGAGAAAUGACUUAAAAGUUAUCCUGUCAUCCAGCCUAAGUAGUUACUGUACAAACAACUACCAUUUUUCUCCAAAACGACACACAUUUCAGAUAAGAUGUUUUGUCACGUAACAAAGGAUGCCUUGAAUGUCAUGAAAAUGACAAUAACUAAUUUUUGACCAAAAGCGCAGUUACUGCCUUUUUGCUUUGUAGGGCAGAGAUGUUGAUGCAUGAACUGCAUUUGACAAUUUACAGAGCGAAACGGGUGAAACGGAGACUUCCAGCUGUAAAAUCAACCAAACUAAGAUGUCUUUGUGUUCUUUUGCCCUUUGUUUUCUAUCCAGCGACUCAAACCUCUUCAUUUAGAACAAAGAGUAAUAACAGCAAGACAUAUAUAUGAUUUUGAUUUAUGAUAAAGUCAGUUCUAAUGUUUUUCUCCUUUUGAAUUAAAGUGCUACCAUGUCACACAGAUUUGACACGUGUUAUAAUGAAGUAGUCAUUUCAUUAACAGUGAAUAGACAGUCGUGCAGCUACUGUCCUCCAAAACUGAUCUUUUCUAAAAAGCAAGGUCCCUAAACUAUUGUAUUAUUUGGUUUGAUGUUAUUCCAGUUCUUUUUCUAAAUAAAGGAAUGAUUAGUUCACCGCU